AUGGCAUCAUCAUCACCAACCUCAAAGCCAGUUUCUCUUGUAUUAUCAUUGUUAACCAUUGUUAUCAUGCUAACCAUGAAUGUGAAGGGUCAAGGAGUGAGUACUAGUGGUAGUAGUACAAGCUGGUGUGUGGUGAGAAGUGAUGCAAGCUACAAUGUGUUACAAACAGCUUUGGAUUAUGCAUGUGGAGCAGGUGCUGAUUGUCUUCCUCUUCAACCAGAUGGACUGUGUUUUCUUCCCAACACCAUUCAAGCUCAUGCUUCUUAUGCUUUCAAUAGUUACUAUCAGAAAAGAGCUAGAGCUCCUGGCUCUUGUGACUUCUCUGGAACCGCCACCAUUGCUCAAACAGAUCCAAGUUAUGGAUCUUGUGUGUACCCUUCUUCUACAAGUGGUGCUGGAGGAUCAAACACACCAACCACACCAAGUUCAAUGACAAACCCAAACAACAUCUCAUUACCUACAACCCCACCAAACUUUGGUGGUUUAUCUCCAGAAAUGAACGCUCCAUUCAAUGACAAUUCUAAAGCACCACCAAAGCAACAACUCACUAGCUUUUUACUUUUCUUUUCCUCACUUCUCAUUCUCUCCAUUAUCUCUUAG